UAGCGUGUUCCGUUUAAAAAAAAAACGUGGGAAAAAAUCAACGUCUGCAUGGUGAACCUUCCGAACCUUCACGUUUUCUGCAGCAUUCGUUCACUUAUAAGUUCCAGAUUUUAUUGGCCCGUUGGUAUCCAGGAUUUGCAUUUUUUCUCGAUAGAAUUCAAGCGCUACAGCCAAUCUCGAACGAUGUUCCAGUCAACUGUUAUGUCUUUUGCUUUGAGCAAUGAAGCAGAGCAGCAGGAAAAUGCUGAGGCCUACGAGGCCUACUCAUUGCUUCCGAUGACGCCGUAUAUACACAAGGCGCUCGAAAGGUGCCCCGAGAUGUUCCGCAGUGGUGAUAUAUUCGCCUUGCGGGAUUACGUCCGGCAACAUCCGCCACAAAUGGUCUACGAUAGAUACAAGGAGCAAGUCGGUCGGGAUGAGCUCGACCCACCCAAGUGCAACGAGCGUGCGGCCAAACUGCGUCAAGAGGGAAACACAUUGUACGGGAAGAAGGACUACCUGGGCGCGUUGUUGAAGUACAACGAGAGUAUUUGCUGGGCUUGUGGAGAUUCGGAGGAUUUGGGCAUAGCAUUUGCCAACAGGUCGGCUGUCUACUACGAUUCGAAAGAAUAUGAGUUUGCCUUGUUGAAUAUCAGAUUGGCCCGUCAGAACAACUAUCCGGCCAGGCUAUUUCCAAAGUUGGAAGUUCGCGAGCUGAACUGCAGAAUGAAGAUUGAAUCCGGAGAAAGAGUGAUCCCGGAAGUGCUGAAGAAGGGGAUGAAUUUGGAAUCUAAUCUCUCCAUUCCUUGCUUGGCGAAGGGUGUCGGAACAGGCGAAUUCCCACGUUACGGACGAGGCAUGAAGGCCGAACAGGAUUUCAAAGUUGGAGAUGUCAUUCUUCGAGAAGGACCAGCAAUGGUAAACGUUGAUACGAGACGUAAAUUUCAAGCUUGCCAUCAUUGUGCAUCGGACAAUGUCUACUCAUUGAUUCCAUGUCCGCACUGCGUAUUUGUGAUGUACUGCAAUGAAGAAUGCUUGACGAACGGUUGGAAGGAAUGCCAUCGUUUCGAGUGCGGCAUAAAAGAUAGACUGAAUAUGGUUCCUCAUGGUAUUUUCAUUCCUGGAUUGACAUGGCUCUUCUAUGGGCUUACCCAGUUCAACGACAGCGUGGACGAUAUGAUGAACUACUGCAAAGAAAAUGACCGCAAUGGAAAUGAUCCACUCAGUUUGGAAUACACUAAUCCGUUGGACAUUUUCAAACUGUUUCAUACCGCAAAGGUUAAGCUACUCAGCCCUCAAGUGCACACUUACAACCGCUUCAUUUUGGCGAUCCUUUAUGACAUCUACCUCGAACAUCCAUUGGUAGGUUCGUUAUUCGUCGGUGAAAAUCAGCGAAACUUUCUGUUGCAAGCCAUGGACGACUACAUGACUAUGGCGACCAGAAUGAGUAUUGGCGUAAGACACGAAUAUAAAACCGAACUAUACUCGAUUGCAUCACUCUGCAACCAUUCUUGCAAUCCUAACGCACACGUUCUAUACAGUUCUGGACAGAUCAAAAUCGUUGUGGUAAGCCCAAUCCAAAAGGGUGAGCAAAUCUGCAUCUCGUACGGUUACGUAAAGGACGAAGUCUCCGACGCUCGAUUCUUUGCGCAAAUGGGGGUGUUUGAUUUCACUUGCAUUUGCCAAGUAUGCGCUCCAAACUCAAGUCAAAAGAAGCUGAGCAAGAACAGACGCCAACCGCACCAUUCAUUUCACAGCGAUUUGCGCGUGUUGAAUGAAAUAAUUGAGAACGAAAAUAGCAUUGCAUCGGAUAGGAUUAACGCUCUGCAGCAAUUGAUUCAACGGUAUGCCAAGGGUCAUCCUCCGGGUGAGUACGCAAAGCUGCUUCGGAAGUACCGAACAAUAUUGCAGAAAUUGUUUGAAGAUGAGGUUUUGGUGGAGUUGAUCAAAAAGUUGAACUAAUUUGCCCUGAAAUCUGACCUUCGUAAAUGCUAUGUCACAGUAAACUGUUCUUUUCCUUAAUAAAAACUAACCUGAAUUAACAAAAGAAUAAAAAAAAUAUCAUUUAAUCCAGCUAUGGUAAACUGUAGAGUACGAGGUAUUCGGAGUUCGUAUGAAUUAAGAAUAACUAAAGUUUCGAUAAUAUUCAUGAACUCGCACUCCGUGUUUAUUAUUGUUCCUCUUCAUGUCAUCCACCGAGCCUAACUGCCCCAUCGUGUCUAUGC